AUGGCUCAUGGCAGCUACAUCAUGAGAAACCUGUCAGGUCAAACUACCGAGGACUGCGUCCCGAACUUUGGGGGGAUUGACUUCAGUUAUCUGCCAGACGUGGACCACCUCAAGUGUGCGGACGGUUUCCAAAACUGUGCCACCAUUAAGCGACUAAGCCUCAGGAGGAGGCCCAGAGUGGCCGCCAACAAUGCAGAGAAAUCACAGAGCGGCAUGUCGUCGAGCCAGUGGUAUUCUGCAGAGUCCUUAUCGUCUGUCAGUGACGAUACGAGACUGCUCGGCAUGUCUUCCACAGCGAGAGGUCGACCUCCUCUGCCUCCGCCACACACUAACCUAUUGGAAAACAAACCCUCCAGGACUGAAGUUCAACCAACCGCUCAAGUCGUCUCUGAGUUAAAGCCACAGCCUGCUGCCAGAUCACUCGCCUCGCAAAGACAAAGCCCCGUGAUGGAAAAUACCUGUGCAGAGACCAGCAAGCAGUCGACCCAGGAAGCGACCGGUCAGCCACCUCAGCCGUUCCCCCGUCGCCGACUGGCCAGCUUUGGAGGCGUGAGCUCCCCCGGGUCGCUCUCCCCUUUCACUGGCUUGGGGGCGUAUAAUCACAACAACAAUGGGAACAAACCUGCCGGUACGGGAUCUGACAUGCACCUCUAUCUGAGCAGCCGAGGCAGCACAGGCUGCCUGAGGCUGAGUCCGCAGAGCUCUGGCCGGAGCACUCCCGUCGCGAGUCCCGGCCCCACGCACCUGCAGCACGUCCGCGACCAGAUGGUCGUAGCCCUGCAAAGGCUGAAAGAGCUGGAGGAGCAGGUGAAGCUCAUCCCCGUCCUGCAGGUGAAAAUCUCAGUUCUUCAGGAAGAGAAAAGGCAAAUGGCUUCUCAGCUCAGGAACCAAAGUGGCAAUGAUUGUUCAAAUGAGAUGGUUUGGAAAAGAGCGUGUGGCGCGGAAGGGAGUGAAACUGAAGAUGAAAAUGACGACGCCGACUUCAGGCAACUGACCGAGGAGAUGCGAGCGUGGGAACGAGCCAUGAAAGGCGGGCAUUUAGUGGCAAUGCAUGGAAAAAAUCAGUGUCCCAACUCUGACAAAGCUGUUAAGUCAGUUGCAGUUGGAAUGGACAAAGAAAUGUGUGAACCUCUCAAAGAAAACAAAUAUGUAAAUACUGAUCAGGCAGAGAUGCGGUCCAUUGCUACGGAAGUCUCUGAGGUCAAUCUCGGGAUUCACAGCGAUCAGGAAACCGAGCUUGAGCUCCAACAGCUGAUAAACGCCGCCUUGAAGGAGAGAAUUUGUUACUUGGAAGCAGAAUUAAAAGAAUCAGCUCUCCAGACGGAGUUGAUCCGCCUGAAACUGGAGCUACAGGCAGCAGGAGCUAGAAACCGGGUUGAUAAGGCCUGCUUGGCCAGGCCGUCCACCGCAAGCGUCGGUACGGAGGCAGGACCUCACACCACGAGUCAGGGAGUGGGCCACCACACAGAGCUCCGAGACGCCUGCACAGGUGAAGCCACAGAGCUGAGGACUGUGGGAGUAUCCUGUGAACCCGCGGUGACAAGUGUUUCCACCGGGCCAGAUGUCCCGAUGAACCGAUGGGAGGUCAGAGAGCGAGUGGAGACCCGGGACAAGGCAGCGGGGAGCCGUGUUUUUACAAGCACACAAGCGGUUGGGACAGAGGUGAGAGUCUGCGACGCAGGAAGCAACACAGAGGAGCCAGUGAAGCAGCUGAUGCCUCAGAAGGAAAAGUCAAAGGGUCACACAGUGGCUUGUGGGGAUUGUUCAGUUAAUGUGAUCAUCAGUGAAGCCAAAGAAAUGACUUCUCAAGGUACGUCCACAGAUCCAGUCAGAGGGGUUGAUCUGGGAAUCAUGGCGUCACCCCAGACGGCUUCACAGCGGACCAACACCUCGUCCAGUUCGGUGUCUCGCUUUACCAACACCAGCCAUGCUUUCUGCGCCGAUUCCAGCACCAAUACACUCCUCAGCACCCAAGACAAGCACACCAACACCACGCACACUCUCACUCGAACAGUUUCUGUCGGCAGCGGGGUCGAAGGCAUCAGAUGCGCCACGGAGACCCGUUCAGUUGGUGUGGGUGCAAAUCUGGGGGAAAGCAUUUCAAAGCAAACACCGGAGACAGCCAUGAAGGUAACCAGAGACACUGGAGUUGGUUUCACAAACAUCAAUGAUAAUUUCUUGGUUGGACUGAAGACUCGGAACAUGGCCUCGGGACCGUCUCAUCUUCCGGACCCCAUCAAGACGAGGAGCGUCGGGGUGGGUGAGGGACGGAUACGGGAGCUGUCGGCUUUGAGCAGCGCACCUGACCAGAAAACCCAGAAAACCACGCAGCUGCAGUGGGACCAGGAGCUGAACCAUUACAUCGAGAAGAUGCAGUGGCUCCUCCGGGAGCACGGAGACCUCCUCACCGAGGACCGCACCGACGGCAGCAGCUCCCCGCUGGCCUGCAGCAAAGCUGCGACACAGGAGGAGGCUGAAAUCCAUCAGCUCAACGCUCAGCCAGCAGACAUUCAGGCUUCGUCUCCUCUUCCACUUGACUCUCCUCAGUGUGACAAAUUGAGUCCAGGACACUGCCAACAGGCCGGCAAUGAAUCAGAAGUGAAAAGAAUGAUUAAGAUGUUGGAAGAGCAGGCGUCCUCUGCUCUGCAAGACAGGUCAAAUUAUGCCGGAAAGCCUCGCACCGUUGUGAAGAAGCAGAACGGCGACCAGAGCUGCAGCAGCAACAGGAAAAACCUGAAGUUUCUGAAAGUGACGACAGGAUUGGACCCAGUUUCAAGUUAUGAGCAAGAAGAAGUGAAAAUAAGAGGAAGUAAAGCACAGAGGGAGACAUCUCAAGACGGAAUCCAAGCAAGAAAGGGAAAAGAUGGCUCCCACAAGAGAUUUAAAGGGUCUGUAAAGUUAUAUACACAACAGAGGUACAAGUUAACUGAAAGGAUGUUUUUUGCCUGUCAAGCCUUAAAGAUGCACCUGAGUGAUGACAACACUUUAUCCAACAGGGAACUGCAGGACUGUCUCCACACGCUCCAGCAGGAGUGGUUCUCUGUGUCCAGUCACAAGUCAGCUUCCCCCGACACUGUGGAAGACUACUUAUGCACGUUUCGGGCCAUUUCACCCUCAGUAUUGCAACAUGUUGCUAAUAUGGCCGACAGCAAUGGAAACACGGCUCUGCACUACAGCGUUUCACACUCCAACUUCGGUGUUGUCAAGAAGCUGCUGGAUGCAGAGGUGUGCAACGUGAAUCAGCAGAACGCGGCGGGCUACACGCCCAUCAUGCUGGCGGCGCUCGCCGCCGUGGAAAAUCCAGAGAACAUGAGAGUGGUGGAGCAGCUUCUCUCCAAGGGAGAUGUCAAUGCCAAGGCCAGCCAGGCCGGUCAGACGGCCCUGAUGCUCGCCGUGAGCCACGGCAGGAUGGACAUGGUGCGGGCGCUCCUCACCCAGGGGGCGGAGGUCAACGUCCCGGACGACGAGGGCUCCACGGCGCUGAUGUGCGCGUGCGAGCACGGCCACGCCGACAUCGUGAAGCUGCUGCUGGCGCAGCCUCAGUGCGACGCCGCUCUGACUGACAGUGACGGCAGCACGGCCCUGUCCAUCGCAUUAGAAGCGGGACAUCACGACAUCGCAGUGCUCCUUUAUGCUCACGCCAACUUCUCCAGAGGACAGACGGGGGCAGCGGUGUCUCGUCAAAGCGGCAAGCUCCACUCCACAGGUGGAAGAGACAUGAAUGAAUAAGACGGCACCCUAAAGACUGAAUGAAUGCUGCAUGAAUCUUAUGAAAUGAAAUGGAAAAAAAUGGUGGAAUCAGUGAAUUAUGACUGUUGAAGGUCGAAGGUCACCUACUUUUUACCAGCUUAGCAUGUUUAUAAUAUGACACGACAUCAAAUGUACUGAAAUUUCAGCAUAAUUUAAAAUGCAUGAUAUAGAAAGUCACUCACCAAUAUUUGCAAUACAUAAUAUAUGUUUUAUUUCUAUAUUUCUACUGACCUUAUUAUACAUAUUGUAUCUAUUACACAAAUUAAAUUUAAGUAAAUAUAUCAAAAUGGAAUAUUAAACAAACAGCUGUUUUAC